AUGGCCCAGGUCCCUGCGGGACACUGGGCUGUCCUCACGCUGGUGCUCUUGCAUCUCUCCGCGCACUUCCUGCCAGAAGCGCCGCCAUCGCCUGGUUUGCUUCCCUGCGCGCUGGAGGCCGUGUGCCCGCCCGCGUGGCUGCCGCCACACGGCGCGGACGUCUGCCCUCCGUGCCCAGAGGCGCCGCCGUGUGAAGCGGCUCCUGCUGUCUGCGCGGCCGCGGAGCCGGCCUCGAAGGAGAGCGCGGACCCCCUCGGCACUCUUCUGGCGGCGGCCCCGGGCGUCUUGGUGGCGCUGGCUCUGGAGGCCUGCCCCCCCAGGCUGCGGGUGCUGAGCGGGAUGGCGUUGUUCCCGCACGGCGUGGAGCAGGAAUAUAGCGACGACCCCGUCGACCAUGAGCGAGUGCUGCUCUACCCGAGCUUGCCGCCUGGGACGUGGGCGGCACGGACCCCCGACGGGGAUGAGUUCGAGGAGGACUUCACGGGGGCAGAUCCUCAGACAGGGCCUGAGGGAGCGGCGCUGAUGCCGAUCGGUGGAGGAGCGCCCGAGGGCUGGCCACGGCCGAUCUACCGCUUCAGGGCUGCCCUCACGGCCGAGGAGCUGCGGGCGGCGAUCAGACGCGGACGUGCGCUGGUGGAGGCGCGCCUCCCUGGCAUCGCGCCCGAGACGCCGGCUGAGGUCGCGGGCCCUGGCGAUGCGCUGAUCGAGUGGACCACGUUCUUCGGCGAGGUGAGGCGGCCAGCGUCGCUUCGGCUGCGGGGCAAGCAGUCGCUCGCCCCGCUGGACGGCGAUCGCGUCUGGGUCGUGGCCGAGCCCACGGAGAGCGCAGCAGUCGGCACCACGGUCGAUCGGGCGGACCCCCAGUUCGGCUUCGCGGAGGGCCCACGCUGUGUGGAGGCGCUGCUGGCGGAGGAUCUUCCAGGGUAUGCGGCGAGGCGGCGCAGGGAGAUGGGCCACAGCGACUUCCCAGCCGCCGAGGCGGAGCGUGACGGGCCAGGACCUGCAGGUGCCGUCGACCUUCGCGAGCGUCUGGGCCGGGCCGCGGGUGCUGGGGGUGGGCCGCGCCCCGAGAGGGUGAGUGGCACAGCUGCCCCGCCGCCCAGGGGCGCGGGUGCUGACGGUGGAGACCUCUGCAUUUUGGAGGUGGACUACGACGCUCAGGGGGAGAGGUACAAACCCUUCAGGACCGCAUGCCGCGAGUCCUCGCGAGAGGCCUUCCCGGGCCAGCCGAUCGAGGGCACCGCGUCGGCUUUGACGGUGUGUAAGAGCAUGGAGCGCACCAACGGCGACCCCAGGUCUUGGUUGAGAGACUUCUUGAGGUCAAAGGGCCUCGGAGACAGGGUAUCUCACGAGCUGCGAGUUCUCUGUGACAUCCUCGUCUGGGCCGCCGUGUGCGAUCAGGUGAACUUGGGCGGCCUGAUGUGCUUGGAGACAGCGGCGAGGAGGGUCGCGGGGCUGGUGGCGGUCUAUUCGGACCCAGCCAAGCCUGUGUGGGGUCGGGCUCGUCUCUAUACGGGCGCCGCCUCGUCGGACGACAUCGCGGGCCAGGCGCUGCAGCAGUUCGCCGCCCGCAAGAUCAAGGAGCAGCAGGACGCCCAGGUGGUGUUGGCGUUCGGCAAGGGACCCCAGCGCCUGUUCCCGCUGCCGCGCUGGCGCCUGCCUGAGCUGCCCGCGGCCGGCUCCACGCGGGGCCUGGCCCUUCGGCGGCGAGAGCGGCUUGUGUUCAAGAUGGGAAACGAGGCGGUGGGUGCUCUGAACUGGCUGGCGGGCUUCCGAAGUGGCCCGUCCUAUUUCGAGCCCGAUGCGAUGCAGCUCGAGCUGCUGCGAGGGCGCGCGCCGUACGAUGGGGCGGGGUGCCUCGCCCGUGUCGCACCCUUCAAGAUGGGCUUCGUCUCCCUGUCCGAGACAGUGGAGGGCUGCCCGCCGUUCGAGGACGUGGCCCCUCCCGAGGUCCAGCGCUUCCUGAAGGGGCACCCCGAGCGCGUGCUACGCUCAGACAGUCCCUCUUCCUCAGUGACGCCGUAUUUCGACCCCCCGCUGAAGCGCAGCGCAAAUACCUGCAGGCAGUUUAUAGCCGACCUGCAUCGCCGUGGCCUGAUCGGUUGGACCAGGCGCCCUCGCUGCCAGGUCGGCCUCUUCUUCGUCGAGAAGGAUGGUGGCCAGAGGCUGCGGCUCAUCCUGGACGCCAGGCCCGGGAACCUGCUCUUCGAGUCGCCGCCUGGCGUGGCCCUCCUCAAUGCCGAGGGCCUCAGCCGGGUAGAGAUCGCUCUUCCUGAAGACUUGGGCCCUUGGAGUGAGGGGGCCCGCCGGCUCCUGUGUGGCUAUUCCCUGCACCUGGGGCUCGCCGACGUCAAGGACUGUUUCCACAGGUUGCGACUCCCGGGAUGGCUCUCUGAGUACUUCUGCCUUCCUGAGGUACCUGCGUACCUGCGCGGCGCCGAGGGCGAGCUCUGGGAAGGCAGGACACUGGAGAGGCGCGACCUGGGCCGCGUCUCGCACUGCGUGUACGUCGACAACCUGGGCGUGGCCUCCACCGAUGAGCCCCUCGUCUCCGACGCGAUUGCCCAGCUCGUCGAGGGUUUCGACCAUCAGGGCUUGCUCCUGCACGGUAACUCGGUGGGCACCGACGCCGAGGCGCUGGGCGCGGAGGUCUCAGGGGCGCACUGGAGGACGAGGGUCACGCAGAUGCGCUUCUGGCUGAUUCGGCAGGCGAGGCAGGAGCUGGAGACUAUCCGCGGCCUACUGAUCUUCCUGGAGUGCGACUGGGCGCUGCAGUGGAACGACCUGGCGGUGGCCACCGACAGCAGCCUCGAGGCAGGCGCGGUCUCGACCGUCGCCGAGGUGGGCCGCGUGCAGGAGCGCGCCGGCUUCCGCGAGCCCGUGGCAGCGGGGGCCGAGGGGGCUGCGGACGGCGCGCGCGCCGCCCGCCGCGGCGCCCGCGAGACAGCGCUGGAGGCAGCCGGCUUCUGGCGUGAUGAGCGUGGCAAGUGGCGGCUGGCGGAGACGGCCGAGGGCGACUCGCUGGCUGGCGCGCGGGGGCUCGACCCGAGCUUCCCCGAGGUGCCCGCGGCCGGACUGGCGAGCACCCGCUGGCGGACUAAGCAGGUGCAGCGCUGGCGCUUCGAUGGGGGCAUCCUUGUUAAAGAGGCCCGUGCGCUGGUGAUGGGCGCCCGCCGUGUAGCCCAGUCAGUGUUCGGCGCCGCCUGUCGCCAGCUGAUAUUGUCGGAUAACAUGUCAGGCCCUCGCCGCCUGUCCAGACUCACUGCGGAGCAGAGGUCGCUGGACUGGCUAUCCCGCCUGGGCCUGGUCUCGCUGCCGCCGACGCCGAAGCUCCCCGUGCGCGACCAGGGGCUCCAAGUUCUCCCCCAGGACUGGCCGCGCCAGGUCGUGGCCGACCGCGACGACGGCAGCAGCGCCUCCGACGAGCAGCAGGUCGUGCCAGCAUUCGAGCGGCGGGAGAGAGAGCUGCUCAAGAGGGCCACUCGGCGGAGACGGGCGUGCGGGGCCGAGGCGCUGCUGGGCAGCGCAGCGGGGGAGGGACAGACGUUCUUGGAAAGGCGGUCGGUGUUUGCACCCGCGCGGAGCCGCUACACCCAGGAGCUCGAGGCCUUCCUGGGCUUCUGCGACCGCCAGCCGAGACGGGCUCUGACGUCGGCCGGCGAAAUGGACGAGGCAGUGGUCGAUUGCAUGAACCACCUGUUCUUCGAAGGCCACGAGUCGGCGAAGGGGGGUCAGGUCAUGGCAGGCCUCAUGUUCAGGUUCCCGGAGUCUUCGAAGCAAGGGGAGGCCAAAACGCCUCGAGCCUGGAGAUGCCUCCGGGGCUGGCGCAAGCUGGCGCCUGGGCGGAGCCGCCGUGCAUGGCCGCUGGCCCUCUGGCGCGGGCUCGCCUGGCGCAUGGUGGCGAGGAAUGCGUUGCAGAUGGCCGUGUUCUUGCUCGCGAUGGUCUCGGGCUAUUUCAGGCCCAGCCACCUGCUCACCCUGACGCGCGGCGGCGUUAUUCCGCCGGCACCUGGGGCGCGCCGCUGGUGGUCCCUGCUUCUCUUCCCGGACAACGAGCCUUAA